GAAACCUGGCGUCCUCUGUAUCCAUAUGACAGAAGAUGGCAGUGGUCACGUUAGCUGUUCCUGGCUUCCUCCACUUUGGCGCUGAACGGUGAUGCCAGACGCCGAUCCAUCAGGAGUUCCUCCACCCGCCAUAGAGACACUGAUGAUGGAUUGAGCAAACACGUCAGAACUGCCAAGUUACUCAUCCACAACUCCCUAUCCCUCAAUACAGCCAGGAACUACAAGACCGGGUGGGAAACCUUCUCUCGAUUUUCCAUCAAGCACCCACAAGGACAUCUGGAUCAAAUAACUCAUCUCAUGGCGUUCCUGGCUUAUUGUCACACAGACCUUCACCUAUCUUUUAGCACCAUCAAAUUGUACCUGGCAGGGGUACAGCAUUACCUCACUUUAGAUUUCCCAAGCAGCCAGUCCCUAUUUUCUUCCCAGGCCAUCAAGUCCACCCUUAGAGGGAUCCAAAAGAGCAGCAGCAAGCCAGAGUCCCGCAGGAAACCAGUCACCGGGGCAAUGUUCAGAGCUUUUUCCACUUCCCUAGAUAACGAUCCUUUCGGGCCAUACAAAAGCAUUGUGAUCAAAGCUGCCAUGUAUCUCUGUUUCUACGGAUUCUUACGGCCCGGGGAAUUCACUAGCUCUCCAGGACAUGCAGGCCCCACUUCAGACCAGCUGGUCUGGCAGCAGACUCAUUGCACCCUGUCUCUCCCUUCCACCAAAACUUCCCAGGUAGGUCCUCCAGUCAAAAUCAUUUACUUCCCGACCUUCAAUGAUUGGUGCCCGGUGGCCGUAUUCAGCAAGCUUCUCGCUAUCUCAACAGUUUCCGCGCCAGGCAGCCCUCUCUUUCCCUUCAACUCCAAAGGUCUCUCAACUUCUCAGUUCAUCCAUCACAUCAGAACUUUAGCUUCCGGGCUGGGGUUCGAUGCCAAGGCCAUCUCAGGGCAUUCGUUCCGCAUAGGCGCAGCUUCCGCAGCAUCAAGUCACGGGGUCCCAGCACACGUCAUCCAGAAAAUGGGUAGAUGGCAAUCCUCUUGCUUCACGCACUACAUUCCCAAUCCACGAGCCGAGAUCGCCAAGGCUUUCACCAACUUAGCCCUAUGAGUUCUACCCUCACAUCUUCCUACCCGUUGACUUUUGCCCCUCAUUUAGU